AUGGCAGGAAAAGACAUGGACAGCAGCCAUGAGUUCCACAUGGAUCACAGCCUGGGCCUCACUGAAGGGCUCGGGAGGCUUUUUGAUCGUGGUGACAACUGCGAUUUCAGCAUUCUGGUCCGAGACCUCAAUGAAGACAAAGUGGGACAGAAAACAUUUUGUGUCCAUCGGCUAAUUUUCUUUCUCUACCCUCAAUUUAAUAUCUCUAAUAGCUCCAACAACCUCACAAUUGAAGUUAGCCAACCCUGCCAUCCCCAUAUCUCCAGCUUCUUGAGGUAUCUGUACACACGCAAGAUUGACAUCACCAUCUCAUCAGCCCAGUGCCUACACCAGCUAUCCUAUAUUUAUCAGCUGUAUCAGCUUUUGGAGGAGAUAGGCAAAGUCUUUACCUUGCUCCUUCAUCAGGACAGUACCUUCCAGACCCAAGUGUCCCUAUAUGAGUAUGGUGUCCGUACAAAGGACAUGCUGCUUCAGGAAAAUGUUCUUCAGUACCUCUCCUGGAACUUUGAAUUCCUUGUUGCCUCUCCAGUGUGGAAAAUUGUCUCCAUACACCUGAUAGAGGCACUUCUGUCUCGUUCAGAUUUAGUGGUGAAGGAUGAGUUUUUUGUGCUUCAGGCCCUAGAAGACUCAAUGAAAGAGAAAGGAGAGACAGUUAGUAUAGAAGACAAGGUCAACCUACUGAGUCACAUCCGCUUCCCCAUGAUUCCAGUAGAAAAACUUUAUGAUUUUCAGUACAGCUCAGGCAUGUACCAAGGCAAUGAAGUGUUUUACCACAGUGCUUUGCUGAAAGGCUUCCAAUUCAAUACACUGCCUUUCUCAAAGAUCAAAGAGCAUUUCAAUAACUUUGAAGACUAUCUGCCUAGGAUAUACACUGCUGAGCCAUGGAGCACUAUCAUCAAUUACACUUCCAACAGUGGCUCAAACAAUUACUAUGACUCUCGUUAUAACACACAUUAUGGCUAUAAUUCUCUCUCAUUUAUGACUCCUGUCCAUAACAGUGUGAUUUACAGGCACCAAACAAUCAACUGGCAGGUGCAGGUUCUUCAGAAUAAAUGGGAAUGCUCUCAGCAAGGUUUCUACUGUGACUCUUUGCCUGUAGCCAGACUUUUAAGCCAAUACAGUGUGAGGAAUUAUGAGAGCACUGUUCGCUUCAACAACAAGCUGAUUCUCUCAUGCAGGGCUGAAAACCUUGUGUUCCAUGUCCAAGAUUUUAAAAGUGGUAAAGCUAUAGUUCCAACCAACAGCAGUAUGGAUCUGCCUCAUCCCUGCCCUGAUGACUAUAGCUUUACUUUUGUUGUGCGUCCAGAGUACAUUUGA